CAUAGUGAAGGGAAGUGAAGUGGUACCUUUUAGGGUUUAAGCCUUCAGGGCUCUUGUACUUUCUUCUCCUUUGCGGACAGUUCCUCUUUACCUAUUCAACUCUUGCUACUUCUCUGCCGAUUGUUGCUGAAACUUUGCUGAAUUUAAAGCUGUCCCUUUUCGCAUCUUCAUCAUUAAGGUGCAAUUGAAGCUUGAAACUAUUCAAGAAUUGCUGGAGUUUCCAGCUUUUUUUGUUUUAUUGUUUUGUGAAGUGGGAUUUCCUCAAAGCUUUCCCAUUUUCAUGACAAUUGUCUUUUAUUAGGCUUUGAAUUCAGUUUUCCAGUCUUCUUUCUGAAAUUAAAUUCUGUCCUGAAAGUCGAAAGGUUGCAAUUUGCAGCUUCUGAAUGAAGGCAUAAGUAGCUCAACUUUCCAUCUUGUCUUGAUGGGAUUUUACUCUUGAUUGAAGGCUUUUGUCAAGUUUCUCCUGGAUUGAAUUUUUUCAAUCUUUCUUGAUUCAAUCUACAAAUGUCUUCUUGUUUGAGUGGAGGCGGUCGAGCAUACAGAUUACACCUGGAGAUUAUCAAAUCUCCAACAACAUCAUGGACGUCACAGUCGUCAUCUCCUUCAUCAACUCUCUCAGAAUCAAGCAACUCUCCAAUUGCAAUCUCCACUAGAAAGCCUCGAACACCUCGAAAAAGGCCUAAUCAGACUUACAAUGAAGCAGCUGCUCUGCUUUCCACAGCCUAUCCUAAAAUUUUCUCCACAAAACACCUCACCAAGCCUUGCAAAUUCACCAAACAACAGUACCCCUUUUCAUAUGAGCCAUCAGACUUGUUACUACCUUUUCCAGUCAUCGAUAAUUCGAGCUUCUUGAUACAUCAUCCACCUGUGCUAGAGAAGCCUAAUAGUUAUCCAAUUGAGCAAAAGAUGGCAAGUUCUUGUGAAAAGCCAUGCCAGAGUCCAGGGGAAAUCAAUUCCAAGAUGAAUUUCUCGGAGGUGUCUGAUGAUUUCAAUGAGGAUUUCGAUGCAGAGUCAAUACUUGAUGAGGAAAUUGAACAGGGGAUUGACAGCAUAAUGGGGAAUUUAGGUGUGGAAAAUGAAGCAGUUGAUGAGUCUAAUACGUUUUGUUAUGGUACUAAUACUAGUCAAAUAGGAACUUGUUAUGGUUAUCCAGUUGGGCUAGGAUUUGGAGUUAAUUCUGAGUAUGGAAAUUUUGGGAUGAGAAAUAAUCACAUUAGAGCAUUUAGGAAUAGUGACGAGGGAGAUUGGUGGUUUCCUAGUGUAAAUGUCCGUGACAUCACACCAAGAUUCCAUAAACCACCGGCGGAGAAGAAGAAAAAAAAGGUCGAAAAGACGGUCGAAUUGAAGAAUUUAGUAGAACCAUCAUCAGUAACUGCAAAGGAGACUCCAAUUUCAUCAUCAUCUGCAAGAGCAAUGAAGCAAAAUUCUGGUCCUGCAGAAAAAUUAGCCAAGGACAAAGUCAAGGACAAGGACAAGGACAAGGACAAGGAGGAGGAGGAGCCUAAUGAGCCUAAGCCAAAUGUUGGCAGCUUGCUACUAAAAUUGAACUACGACAACGUAUUGACUGCGUGGUCCGAUGGGCCGUCGCCAUUUGCCGAUGACUCUCCAGUGGCUGAGGCUUCUGGAAAUGAUUUGCAAGCCAGGCUGGCUAAAAUAGACUUAUUCUCAGAAACAGGUGGUGUUAGGGAAGCCAGCGUAUUGCGCUACAAGGAAAAGCGACGCACGCGCCUAUUCUCGAAGAAAAUCAGGUACCAAGUCAGGAAAGUCAAUGCUGAUCGACGGCCCAGAAUGAAGGGUCGAUUUGUGAGAACGCCAAAUUCUCCUGAUAGUGAGCAAGGAUAGAGGGACUUUUCUUAGCAACACUAGUCUAUAUAGCCAUUUUGCAUCAGCAUUUUUUUCUUGAUUUUUUUUCCCCUCAAGACCAGCUUGAACUACCACCAUAGGCAGAAAAUUGGUUAAGGUAUGCGUACCAAGAAGAGAAGGAAGAUCUUUUGCUCACUUUUUUGUAACAUUCCUCUUAGACUUUCUGUUUGUAGCCUUCUUAGAGAAGUGCUUUUGUAUCAAUUUGCUUCUCAAAUCAUGGUUGAAAAUUACCUUCUUAUACAACGAGCAGCUGGCUAGAAACUUCACUCUUUGUUACUUGAUGAAUAAAGUAAUUAUACUAUAAUAUUUU